AUGGCGCCAAAUCCGGUAACAUUCCCUCCAGGCUAUGCAGAGGAAACAGCAGGCCCACGCUCCGUCAGAGUUGCGAUCGCUUUUAUAGUCUUAGAUAUAGUUGUGGUCGCUCUUCGUUUUGCUACCCGCCUAACUUAUAAAGUAAAAUUGGGCUUAGACGAUUAUAUCAUUAUUCCGGCGUUAAUAUUCUCUCUGGGCAUGUGUGCUGUUACAAUCUUGGAGGUCAAAAUCGCAGAUGUCGGUCAUCACUUGGCAGUCCUCGCCGUUCGGGAACCCGACAGUCUAAUAACCUGGGCCAAGAUGGGAUAUGCGAUAGAAGAAAUAUAUUGCGUCGCGGUCGCUUUACCAAAACUUUCAAUCUUGGCAUCAUAUUUACGAAUAUUCACGGCUAGAUCCUAUCGAAUCGCAACCUAUAUGAUAGGAUAUAUAAUCGUUGGGACGGCCAUAGCGGGGAUUCUGACAUCUCUCCUCUCCUGUCGACCAUUCUAUGCACGAUGGAAUUUAGAUCUCGCUCCCACCCAUUGUAUAAACAUAGUGCGUUUCUGGACGGGUAUAAACGUACCGAGCAUCGCUACCAAUAUUAUGAUGUUAAUACUUCCCUGGCCGACAAUAUGGGGCUUACAAAUCGACAAGAAGCAGAAGAUUGCCCUUUCGGGGAUUUUCGUGCUAGCCAGUGGUGGUAUGGUGGCAUCAAUUAUUCGCCUAAUCACCACUCUGCAAAUGAAGGCCAUGACCGACGAUGGCACUUGGAAAUCCGCCGAUAUUGAAUUAUGGUCUGUCGUCGAAUCGAGUAGCUACCUAAUCGCCGCUUGCCUCCCGGUACUUCGACCAAUUUACAUAAGUGUAAUAGAUAAUGCAGCAUCACUCAAACGACAUUUAACGAGCAAUACCUUCGAUUUUUCGACAACCCCCAGUACCGAAAACCCUAAGGGCUUCGUGUAUGUUGAGAUGGAUUCAUACCAAAAGGUGGAAUCCGUUAGAGGGGAGCCAAAAGUCAUACGACCCGUCGUCGGAAUUGAUUGUCCCUCGAGCGUAACAACCACAAUACAUAGUGCUAGGAGUACGCCUCGGAAGGAUAUGCAUAAGUUAACCAAAUCAUAUGGGUCGGAGAAGGAGCUUAGAUAA